AUGCUCAGUCUUUUCACAGUGUUGGGUCUUGCACUUCUCCUUUGCCCCUGUACCGGGGUCCCUGUGCAGGAUGGUCCCCGUCAGCGUCUGUUGGAUGGACUUGGUCUAUCUUCGACUUACCGCAGCGUUACCGGAGGUGGCCGUAUUCCCUUCACGCCUGGCCACAGAGACCCCUUGGAUAACGCUAUCGACGCCGUUGGCGAUGAGCUAGACCCGCUUCCGUGGCGAAAUGGCUUGGGGGCUUCCGUGUUAGGUCCUUGGAACAGAGACCGUUCUCGACAGAAUCCCGAUCUAGUACGACCGCCAAGCACCGAUCGCGGUGACGUGGCCAAUAUGCGUUGGAGCUUUGCCGAUUCCCAUAUUCGCAUCGAGGAAGGAGGCUGGACCCGACAGACGACUAUCCGUGAGUUGCCUACAAGUGUUGAACUUGCUAGCGUCAACAUGCGCCUUGGAGAGGGCGUCAUCCGGGAACUUCACUGGCACAAGGAGGCCGAGUGGGCCUAUGUCCUAGAUGGCGAGGUACGUGUAACCGCGCUUGACUACGAGGGCGGCAACUUUAUCGAUGAUUUGAAGAAGGGUGAUUUAUGGUAUUUCCCCAGCGGAGUACCUCAUUCUCUGCAAGGACUGAGUGAGAAUGGGACCGAAUUCCUUCUCAUCUUUGACGAUGGUCACUUCUCUGAAGAGUCAACUUUUAUCCUCACUGACUGGUUUGCCCACACCCCCAAGUCAGUCAUCGCCAAAAACUUUAACCUCGCACCUGAAGUCUUCGCCCACGUUCCAGCUAGCGAGAAAUACAUCUUCCAAGGAAGCAAGCCGGGGUCUAUUGAAGAGGAAGCUCCUAGAGGGAAAAGGGUCAAGAAAUCUCGAUACAACUUCACGUAUAAGAUGCUUGACCAAGAGCCAGAUCGGCAGUCCGGCGGUGAGGUCAGGAUUGUCGACUCAAGGACAUUUCCCAUCUCCAAAACCAUUGCUGCCGCGCAUGUUAUUAUCCAGCCAGGGGCAAUCCGCGAGAUGCACUGGCAUCCCAACGCCGACGAGUGGUCAUUCUUCAUCAAAGGUCGAGCACGCGUAACCAUCUUUGCUGCGCAAGGCGAGGCUCGCACCUUUGACUUUCUCCCCGGCGACGUGGGAAUCACACCUCGGAACAUGGGCCACUUUGUUGAGAAUAUCGGUGACGAACCUGUCGAGAUGCUCGAGGUCUUUCGUGCGGAUGAGUUCCGUGAUAUUUCUCUCUUUCGAUGGAUGGGAGAGACGCCAAAGCGACAAGUCGUUGACACGCUCUUUGCCGACGAUCCUGAGAGUGGAGAGCGUUUCUGGGAACGCGUCAAGGAUGCUGAUAAUAAUGCUGUUACUAAACCUGAUCCUUCACGAAUUCACUCGCAAAAUGGGGAUGCGAACGAGUUGUGA